CUGGUUAGAUACCAUCAAAACGGACUAAUGGGCAAAAUCAAAUACAAUCCCAUUUGCUUUGUAUACCGUACACAUCCACAGAUUGAUUUCCUAUUUUCAUGUUUGAUAUCUCUCAUGCUUGCAGUUUUUCCCGUCGCCCCACCUCAUUCCAAACCUUGGGACCCAGCACACACAAACCAAGAUAGCAUGUGGAAAUGUAAUGGCUGCGGCAGCUCGGGAUUAUAUAAAAGAAUCCUACAGGAGUUGCUAGCUCAAAAAAAAAAAAAUCUUCUGCAACCAAUCAAGAGGAUUCAGAGUUGGAAAUUUUGCAUGCAGACAGGAUUACCACCUUCAAGGACUUGCGACAGAGAAUACAAAGAGAUAUCUGACGGGGAUGUUUUGGGUGAAGAAGCUUCACGGAGUGAGAAGCCAUUUGUCACUUCUAUCAUCAGGAAUUCUACCCUUGCAAGUAUGUUUUUAUUCAUGUUUAGUAACGAAUAAGCUAUUUGAUUGUAAUUUUAUGGGAUUGUUUUGAUGAUAUCUAGAAUAAAUGGUUAAACGUUUGAAAGCACUUGUACAGGUGCAUAUCAAUACCAAGUUAAUCAAGCUAGACGCUGAGUCUAGUAUACAUGAUCUUGUUUCUUCCUCCCACCAUGAAUGAAGGGGUUGCUCACUCAUGGUUGAGCUAAUGUUUCAUCUUGACAUUCCUCUCAACCCUCUGUUUUAACUCUUUUAGCUACCUGAUUGUGGGGUUCAAUGUAAACUUAUACAAGUACCAAAACAAAAUAGAAAAGAAAAAGAAGGGAUGAACUACUAACUCAGAUCAGAGAGACAAUUGAAAUGCUUGAAUAUAUAGUUCAGGUGAGAUUCUUCUCAUUUAUUCAAAUUUGUCUACACCUCUAAUAACAGCAUUUACAACAGGCAGGCCCACAUGGGAUAUAGCCCAGCAUAGAGUUGGGAGUUGGAAUCCAUGCCUAAAGAAUUGCGGUGUUACAAAUUGCUGUCUUAAUAAGUUUAGGCAUAUUGGAUUAUUUAUUUAUCUAUUUUGCAAAACCUUAAUUCAAAUUACAAAUUACAACAUUUUCUUUCAGA